CCUAACUUCACUCUGUUUUGUGGUUAUUGCCAGCAACGCGACGGCCGACGACGACAGUUCGGAAAAUCGCAUUAUCUAUCAAAUAUCAAUUGUUAGAUUUUUUGGAUUGCAAUUAUUGUCCGAUCUAUUUCGAUCACCAAAUGUCAUCGUGGAUGAUAGUUUUCGCCGGAAACGAGAUAGCUUGACGUGAACAAACGGGAUAAUGUCAUCAUAUCGUACUACUAAGAGUGGUACACACAACUUAAGGCCACCGAGCACAAGUACACCUUCAAUAUUGAAAAAACGUAACACAUUAUUAAAUAAUGUACCAAAACAAAAAGUAAAAAUCAACCUUGUUGACAAUUUGAAAGCAUUGCUUAUUAGUUUUGAUCAAAACAAUGAUAAAGAAAAACUUAAAUACAAUAAUCUUAUAUGUGACAUCAGAGAUGCUGGUAUUGAAAUAAAGGAUACAGAACUAGUUGCACUAUUAAAAGAUGCAAGAAAUUGUGUGAAUAUUUUGAAUGAAAAUCUUACACUUUUUGUUAAAGUUAUAUUGAUUUUAAAAUGGAUGAACAGAAGUGAUGAAGUAGUCAGUGAAUACCGUGGAUUUCUUCUUGAUGUUUGUACUGCGCACAACUAUCAUACAAAAUUUGCAAUAGAACAACUUGUAACAUGUUUUUCUCAUGUGGACAGUACUGUUUUUGAUCGUGUCAAUGGUAUGCCCAGCGAAGAAGAAGAAAGAGGAUUUAAAAAUGUUCACAUGACUCUUGAAGCGCUUUUAAAAGUCAUUCCAUUAGCAAAGGAUUUAUUAAUGACAGCUCUCAAAAAAAAAUUUCCUUACAAAAAAAGCAGUGUGGAAUCCCAUUUACAUUAUAUACACAAUUUAUUAUUUAUAACUGAGUAUGAAAAAUCUUUAAGAAAACAAAUUCUUAGUCUUAUUGUUAGCAAGCUAGUAGAAAUUGAUGUUCACAUACCCAGAGAAGAAUUAGAUAGACUUGGAUCAAAUGUAAAUGUUGAAAUCGAAGAUAUUUUCCCUAUGGAUGUCGAUGGAGAAUAUAUGCAGGUAGAUCCUGAUAAAUUGGAAGCAGAAAGUUUUUCACAUAUACUAGAUGUUUGCCUAAGAAGACUAUUCAUGUAUAUGAAUACUACUUGUCAUGAUUCUAAUGGUGAUUUAUUGUGGAAUGAUACUAAAUCAUUAUACCACGACUUGUUGUCAGUAUUUGAAAAUGAAAUUCUUCCAACAUAUAACAGUAGUCAUAUUCAAUAUAUAAUUUACUAUUUUAUUAGUUUUAAAACAACACUAGCAGAAAAUUUUAGCAAUUGGCUGUGGAAAAAAUGUUGUGAUGUUUCGGCAUCAUCAACUAUACGACAAGCUACAGCUGGUUAUUUAGCUAGUUUUCUUUGUAGAGCACCAUUUGUAUUAAAUAGUGUUUUGAAGAAUAUUCUUUUUGAAAUGUCUACAUGGUGUAAUAAUUAUAUAAAUAGAGUAGAUAAAUCAGUUAAAGUAGUAAAUGAAGAUUUGUUAAGAUGGCAUGCAGUAUUUUAUUCAAUGUGUCAAUCAUUGUUCUACAUUAUUUCUUUUAGACAUCACGAUCUGAUGGAUAGUAAACGAAAUCUAAAAUUUAUGGAAAAUUUAAAUCUAUCUAAAAUAGUUACAUGUAGAUUAAGCCCAUUACGUUUAUGUUGUUCGACAGUAGUCAAUCGUUUUGCACAUAUUACUAAAACUUAUCAGUUAACUUAUUGUUAUGUGGUCAUGGAUGGGCAUAUAAGAAUUACAGACCAAUCAAUCAAAGAUGAAUGGUUGUAUUCUUUUUUUCCGUUCAAUUUGUAUGUUCUUCCAAGAUCGAAAGAUUUUAUAAUGUCUGAUCUAUAUAGACAUUUUGAUGAUGAUAUAAAUAAACAUACUAAUGACGAUGAAGAAGAUAAAGAAUCAUCUUUGCAUAUUGAUACCAUGGAUAUUAGUCCAAGUAUGUUAUCUACAAGUUCACCAGCAAAAACUGAUUGGCUCGGACAACUUGUGAAUCAACAACGAUACCGUAUGUUAGCGAUGUGUGCUAGUCACGGACCUUACAAGACCCAUCAAAUGAAAAUUCCACUUAUGGAUGCAGAACCAUACCUUGUUAUUCCAAAGAUUGAACUUAUAAACUUUACUUUGACAUACAUGGCAUUAACCAGUUCAUCUAUAACAGUUAAGUUUUUAAAGUUAUGCAUUCAAUCUGAUAAUUCUAUUUUACAAAAAUGCCACCAACUGAUAUCAACUUGGAUGACUUCGCUCUAUCUUAAACAAAGUUUCCAGAUGUCGUCGUUCUGCCAUCCAAAAAGUGCCAAUUACAACUUGAAUAAUUCUAUAAGCUCACCCUCUAUUUUAAAAAAAUGUGGAAAGCAAACAUUAAAUAAUGUACCUGGUCGAAGAGUGUGUUUUGAUUUAUUCAAUAACUUGAAAUUAUUGCUCAUCAACUAUGACAGCAAUAAUAAAGAUGAUCUAAUAGAGUAUAACAAUCUAAUUUGUGAUAUUAGAGACUUGGCUACCGAAAUAAAUGAUAAUGAACUUAUCAAGUUAUUGAAAGAUGCCAGAAAUUGUGUGAAUAUUCUAAAUGAAAAUCUUACACUUUUUGUAAAAGUUAUUUUGAUUUUAAAGUGGAUGAAUAGAAGUGAUGAAGUAGUUAAAGAAUAUCGAUUAUUUUUACUCAAUGUUUGUACUGCGUACAGCUAUCAUACACAAUUCGCAAUAGAACAACUUGUGGCGUGUUUUUCUCAUGUGGACAGUGCUGCUUGUGAUCGUGUCAAUGGUAUGCCAUCUCAAGAAGAAGAAAGAGGAUUUUUAAAUGUCCAUGUAACUCUUGAAGCUCUUUUGAAAGCCAUUCCAUUAGCAAAAGAUUUAUUAAUAUCGGCACUUAAAAAAAAGUUUCCAUAUAAGACAAACAGUACUUAUUCCCACCUUCAUUACAUACACAAUUUACUCUGCAUUGUUGAGUAUGAACCAUCCUUAAGAAAAAAUAUUUUGAGCCUCAUUAUCAACAAAUUAGUAGAAAUUGAUGUUCACAUAUCCAAAGACGAACUAGACAGAUUAGAAUCAAAUAUUAAUAUUGAUGUUGAAGAUAUAUUUCCAAUGGAUGUAGAUGAUGGAGCGUGCAUUAAAGUUGGUCCUGAGAAAGUCGAAGAAGAACAUUUUUCAGAUACAUUGGAUAUUUGUCUUAAAAGAAUAUUCAAUUAUAUGAAAACUAUUUGCCAUACUCCUAAUGGUAGUUUAUUAUGGGAUACUACUAAAUCGUUAUAUCAUGAUUUGUUAUCAAUAUUUGAAAAUGAAAUUUUACCAACAUAUAACAGUAGUCAUAUUCAAUAUGUAAUUUAUUAUUUUCUUAGUUUUAAAACUUCUUUAGCAGAAAAUUUUAGUAAUUGGUUAUUGAAAAAAUGUUGUGAUGUAUCAUCUCCAUCUACUUUGCGACAGGCAGCAGCUGGUUAUUUGGCUAGUUUUCUAUGCAGAGCACCAUUUAUUACAAAUAAUGUGCUGAAGAAUACACUUUAUGAAAUCUCCACAUGGUGUAAUAAAUAUAUAAAUAAUGUAGAUAAAUCUGUUAAAGUAGUAGAUGAAGAAUUAUUAAGAUGGCAUGCAGUAUUUUAUUCAAUGUGUCAAGCAUUAUUCUAUAUAAUUUCUUUUAGACAUCAAGAUCUAAUGGAUAAUAAACGAAAUCUUAAAUUUAUGGAAAAUUUAAAUUUGUCCAAUAUAGUGACAUGCAGAUUAAGUCCAUUGCGUCUAUGUUGUUCAAAAGUAGUUGAUCGUUUUGCACAUAUUACAAAAAUGUAUCAAUUAACUUAUUGCUAUGUGGUAAUGGAUGGUCAUAUUAGAGUCACUGAUCAGUCAAUCAAGGAUGAAUGGUUAUACUCUUACUUUCCAUUUGAUCCAUAUGUUCUUCCUCGAUCGAAGAAUAUGAUAAUACCAGAUUUAUAUAGAGAUGUCGAUAGUAUAAAAAGUUAUAAAAGAGAAAGAUGUAUCGACAAAAUUCCUUCAUCACUUCCAGAAAACAUGGAUAUCAGUCCUAGUAUGGUAUUAUCUCCUUCACCUGCAAAAACGGAUUGGUUAGGACAGUUUGCUUAUGGAAGUAACACACAAAUAUUGUUUUGAUGAUGUAUUCUAUUGUUCAAAAGAAUGAUUUAUUUUAUUAUUAUCUUAUUAAUAUAACAUAACGUGUAAAAUAUAUUAUUUUUAUUUUUUA